AUGAAAUUUUUCCACAUUCAGCAGAAGCAGAACAUUGAUAUAUGGUCUCUGGGAUGUAUUCUAUAUGAGCUGUGCACUCUGAGACAUCCAUUUCAAGCCAAUAGCUGGAAACAUCUCAUCCUUAAGAUAUGCAAAGGGUCCUACAAUCCGCUACCAUCUCACUAUUCUUAUGAACUUCAUUACUUAAUAAAACAGAUGUUUAAGAGAAAUCCCAAGAACCGUCCAUCAGCCAGUACUAUUCUUGCAAGAGGUUGCUUAACCAAACUUAUAAAAAAUUGUUUGCCUUCUGAGAUAACACAUGAGUUUGAGCAGGUAUUAAAGGAAACCAAGAAACAUGAAGGCAAUGCAGCAAGACCAAAGGGUAAUGUCAUGGCUGGUGGAAGCUCAAAUAAUAAGAAAGAAAAUAGGCAAAAUAAAGAUGAAAGCAAGUGUAGCCCCUUAGGAAGGAAAAAUAUUACUAAGUAUUUGAGUGAAAGCACAAAGGAACGAAGGAAAUCUGAUGAAGACGUAGAAACUUCUGAUGUCCUCCCAGGAAUUACUGAUUUGUCACAUCCCUGUAGGAAGCAAUGGGAAAAGAGGAUAUCCAAUACCGUAGUGGAUGUCCUGGAAAAUGUGUCCUUGCUUUCUUCCAGUUUUAUAUCUGAAGAGGCUAAAAGUGGCUGUGUUAUAAACUACAGUGAAAAUAAGCCACGUAAGCAGUGGAACAAGGAAACUCCUCAGACCCUGAUGAACAUUCUCAAUAAUGCAGAUGUCAGCUUAGCAUUUAAAACAUACACAAUUUAUAAACCAGCUUCUGAAAAUACAUUAAGAGGUCCGCUUUCUGAUGGAACUGAAGCAUCUGAUGAAGUAGAUGGUGAACAUGAAGCUGUUGUCAUAGAUUUGGAGAGACUUGAGCCUAGAUCUGAUGAAGAUGACACGUACGUUCAAAUGACAUCCUUAUAUUUUUGGGUUUUCUGUGCUAUAUUUAUAGUUAUUGAUGGUGUUGAGAUUAAGCAGGUUGCUUGUUAUUAG